AUGAUGUUUCCUUUUGCUAGAAAUGUGCUACGCAGUCUUGAGAUUCGGAGUUUUCAGCAAAUGAUGGCAAGACAAAGCCACCAAAAACACCCACCAGAUUUUCAUGACAAAUAUGGUGAUACUAUACUAGCCAGCGGAGCGACUUUCUGUUUUGUUGCAUGGGUAUUUGUAAUCACACAGAUUGGACUAGAAUGGAACCUUUCCCCUGUGGGCAGAGUCACCCCAAAGGAAUGGAGGGAGAAGUAA